UAAGUUAAUGUAUCACUUCUGUUAUUAACAAAGCCAAAGUUUACAGAAUAGAAAUGUGACAAUAAAGUAAGCUACACCACUCCUUAGUUUGCACUGGCGACGCGCAGGUUAUUCCGUGUAAACUGCGUGUGUGUGUGUGUGUGUGUGUGUGUGUGUGGAGGAGGGUAGGAGGGCAGAAAAGAAGGGGCAGGUAUCAGACCUUGAGCCCCUCCUCCACAGAGCCACGGUGCGCCUGUGUUCCAAUGGAAACAGGUGGGAUCCCCCGGACUCCUCCAAUCACACCCUCCCUCCGGUGCGGGGAGGGGGGGUCCAGGACAGGAGGCAGGACCCAACCAACUUCCACACUCACCACAGGAAAAGUCGGGAAACACAUCUGUCCCCUGCAUGUCGGUUCCUCUGCUGGUCCGCGUGUGUUUCUGAAGCUAGCACGGUAAACAUUAACGGGGCAGCAGCUCGGAGCGCUGGUGAAGUAGUUGCUGCCACUUGGCCGCUGUUGAGGGCGGUGUAGCAGCCUCGCGGUGCUGGGACGCUUCGCUGCGAUGGAGAACAUGUACUGACCGGAUUUGGGACUGUUUUUUUCUUGGAUUACUUGUUAAACCGACACCGGUUUGCUUUCCGUUGAUAUUCUCUUGGUUCCUCUGGAAGUGUGGAGUAGUAAACACUUUGGAAAAUGCCUGCAAAAACCAAGUACAACCUCGUUGAUGAUGGGCAUGAUUUGAGGAUCCCAUUGCACAACGAGGAAGCAUUCCAGCAUGGGAUCAACUUCGAGGCAAAGUACAUCGGCAGUCUGGAUGUGGCGCGGCCGAGCAGCCGAGUGGAGAUCGUGGCUGCGAUGAGGAGAAUACGGUAUGAGUUCAAGGUGAAAAACAUCAAGAAGAAAAAAGUCCACAUUGUGGUGUCUGUAGACGGCGUCAAGGUCACCCUGAGGAAAAAGAAAAAAAAGAAGGAGUGGACAUGGGAUGAGAGCAAGAUGAUGGUGAUGCAGGAUCCCAUUUACAGGAUAUUCUAUGUGUCUCAUGACUCCCAAGAUCUGAAGAUCUUCAGCUACAUUGCCAGGGAUGGACAGAGUAAUGUCUUCCGCUGUAAUGUCUUUAAGUCCAAGAAGAAGAGUCAGGCCAUGCGCAUCGUUCGGACGGUCGGCCAGGCCUUCGAGGUGUGUCACAAACUGAGUCUGCAGCACACACAGCAGAACGCAGAUGGACAGGAGGACUGCCACAGCGAAAAGAACAGCAAUGACUCCACCGUCGCAGCUCGGGAGCUAACGGGUGCGGAGAAGACGGCUACCGUCGCCGAGGAGACGGACAUCGAUGCGGAGGAGGUGAGCCAGGUGCCGGCAGCAGAGGAAUUAAACCUCAAUAGAGGAGUGACUGAUCUGGACGCCACAGCCAAGACACCUGAUGUAAACCACACAGAGAACAAGGCUUCAGAGGAGGCCUCUCUGUUGAUGUCCAGCCCCAGGAUGCUGCUCCCCGCAUCAGGCACACUGCCACCAGGGGCCCCCCUCUCUGUCCACCAUCAGAUCCAACUGCUCCAGCAGCAGCUCCAGCAGCAACAGCAGCAGACACAAGUGGCUGUGGCACAGGUCCACCUGUUGAAGGACCAGCUGAGUGCAGAGGCCACAGCUCGGCUGGAGGCCCAGGCUCGAGUCCAUCAGCUGCUGCUGCAGAACAAAGACCUGCUGCAGCACAUCUCCCUGCUGGUUAAACAGAUCCAGGAGCUGGAGACCAAGAUGUCUGGACCAAACUCAAUGGGCUCCCAGGACAGUUUGUUGGAGAUCACCUUCCGGUCUACGGUACCUCCAGUGAUCUGCGACCCCACGACCCCAAAACCUGAUGUGUCGCCCCUCAACCUCCCUGCACUGAGCACCAACGACGGGACCAGCAAUGCCUUCUCAUCUUCCAACGGGACGCUUGGAAGCCCCCUAGGUAGGGACCAGUGUCUUCUCAAACUGGAGUGUUUCCGUUUCCUCCCAGGCCCCCCGGGGCCUCCGCCUCCUCGACUUCCCUCGCCUCCCCCGUCGCUCAAGGCUAACAGGCUAGACACCAAAAGUCCUGAGGUCUCAGAGGGCACAGCGAAGUUGUUGUCCUGUGACACCAAAUCUCUGGGCUGCCUGGACUUUGCCAGGUUUCGCGAGUCAGGUAUCGCCUCAGAGUAUGAGUCGAACACAGAUGACAGUGAUGACAGGGAGGAUGAGGACGAGGACGAGGAGGAGGAGAUGGAGAUCUUUGGCUGGGGGACGGACGAGGAGACACUGAGGCUGCUCAAUGUUCUCAACAGACAGGGAACUCCCGACUGUCUGGGAGAUGAAAUUGCGGUGUAACACAUUAACCUGCCCCCAUGAAGGAUCCUACUGUCGAGAUGAAACACAACAGCCGUUAACUGUUUUUGUCCACUCACCCCAAACUACUCUGUAGGAAGAACAUGUAGCAGACUAACCUUCGUCACACGUGCAGUUAUUGGGCCACUAUUUUCAGAUAGCAGCCAGUCCACCUUUUUAAUUUAUUUUAUUAUUUUAUCUCAUUUUUUAACACUUUUAAUUGAUUCUUGGCACAAAAUAUUAAAUAGUGGGGACAUCAGCAUUAAGGUACCUUCAGUUUGAACAUGAAGUAAAUUUGACUGAAUUUUGAACGACAGCCCUCUUAUUUAUCUGACUAAACCUUUGCUGCAACGCAACAUGAACGCCAUAUUCCUAAUAUUUAUCUUGUGACUGUCGUAACGAGAUGAAAUAGUCACAGUGAUGCUCCAGUAUUACAAUCCACUGUGCAGUGUUAAGCAGUGAUAAGCCUUUAAAGGCCUUUAAAGGCAUUAAUCUAUUACUCCACCUUGGCUUCCUGGAUUGAAUUUCACAGCUCCGGUGGCUCACCUGGACCAUUAAAACUGAGUCCAUACCACAGCACGGCACUGUUCAAUUAAAGGCAGAAAAACAGAAAAAAAAAGGCUUGCUCAUGCCUCAAGCAACACACAUCCACCGGUGCAGCCAGGGCUGUUCUCAGUCUGUAUCCCACUUAAUAGAAAGACAUAUGUGGACACAAAAAAAUGAUAAAUAAAGGUAGCCUGAAGCAGGAUUGCCAUGUCUCUGGACAUCUGAGGAAAUAAGAGGAAACCAGAACAUCCCAGCCUCUAAAGCAUUCAGAAAAUACGAAUUUUGAAAAUAUGAGCUCAGUGCAGGAAAACAAAGUGUUGUUUGUAGCUAUUCUGGUAGAAACAUGAAUGUCAGUUGGCUGUCAGUUACAAAAAACAUGAGUUUCUCAGAUGGAAAGGGAU